GGACCCCCGGGGCCACCCGGCCCCCCCGGCACGCCCGGGGCUCCAGGGACGGUUGGCAGGAUGGGCUUCCCCGGCAAAGAUGGCAAGGACGGCAAGGAUGGGGAUAAAGGCGAGCACGGCGAUGAAGGUCCACAAGGCAGAACAGGAAACCCCGGCAAGCCAGGACCAAAGGGGAAAGCAGGAGCUAUUGGCAAGGCAGGCCCACGAGGGCCCAAGGGUUUAAAGGGUAAUCCUGGAAAAAACGGGGCACCAGGAAAGAAAGGUCCCAAAGGGAACAAGGGCGAGACCGGGAUGCCAGGACCCUGCACCUGUAACACCAACAAAGCCAAAUCUGCCUUCUCUGUGGCAGUCUCAAAGAGCUACCCAAGGGAAAGGCUGCCCAUCAAAUUUGAUAGGAUCCUGAUGAACGAGGGAGGACAUUACAAUGCUUCCAGCGGGAAAUUUAUAUGCAGCAUCCCAGGAAUUUACUACUUCACUUAUGACAUCACUUUGGCCAACAAACACUUGGCCAUUGGCUUGGUCCACAACGGGCAGUACCGGAUCAAGACUUUUGAUGCCAACACUGGGAACCACGACGUUGCCUCUGGAUCAACCAUCCUUUCCCUGAAGCAGGAGGAUGAGGUGUGGCUGCAGAUCUUUUACUCAGAACAAAAUGGGCUCUUUUAUGAUCCCUACUGGACAGACAGCUUAUUCACUGGCUUCCUGAUAUAUCCCGAUCAAGAUUAUCUCAAUGAAAUAUAG